UCAAUUUGCAAACAUCCGCAAUGAAGUCGUUCGCUAUUUUGCUUCUUGCACUCGCAAGUUGUAAUGCUGUUGAAUUAACAACAAACCGAGAAGUAUUGCAAUACUUCGUUGAAGAACUAGGACAUUAUAUGGAAGAGAAUGGGCUUGAUCCUGCACAUAUCCCCAUUGCUAGACUAGGAAUUGCUCCUAAAAUUAAGUAUUUGACUUGCAAAAAUAUUUAUGUGACUGGAAUGGCCCAUGACGAAUUGGACGUAAAUCGCGUCCUCUUCCGUUAUGGAGCACGUCACGAUCGUACUAGGAACAGAAUAUUAUUGAGUAUUCCUCAAGUGGCCGAAGACAUUAGUUUUACUUGUCAAUUCUCCUACGACUUCAUGCUUAAAACCUUCAGGGGUUCCGUGCGUGGUACCAUCGACAGCACCGACUUCCCCUCUAUUCUUCAGAUCAAUAUCAGAUCUGGUCCGGCUGUGACAAUCAAUAUUCCAACACCGUUCAGAUUCAGAAACAUCAAUUUUGAAAUUUACGACGCUGAUACCGCCACCACCGAACUGAUGAACAACCCGCUUAUUAAACUAGCGUUAAUGCCAGCCCUAGAAGUGGACAUUCGUCUUAUUUUGCAACAGAAAGGUGCGCGUAUUGUACGUGAAACCAUCAGAUGCAUGCAGGAAAAUUUACAGCCACAGUUAAAUGCCCUUCGUAUCUAAUAAUUCGAUAAAUUAUAAUUUAGUUUAAUCUUAAGAAAAAUUAGUAUAUGUACCUCUAGACGCAAUAAAUUACGCCAUGGAAUUAUUUAUUACACAAGCAAA